GACUCGCGAUGGAAAGAGGUUGGCGUCAAGAAUGUGGUAACAAGAGUGGGAGAUCGUAGUAAAAACAAUGCUGGAUCGCUAAGCAAUUCUACGCUUCUACAUAACAGGAAUACCAUAGGAAAAUCAUAGAUACCAUUCACAUAUUGCAGUAUUUUUAAAAUGGACGAUGAAGAAGGAUCCUCGAGUUCUGGCCCUAUGUCUUCACUGAACAGUUUGUUUUCAUUCACUAGUCCUGCUGUAAAAAAGUUGCUCGGCUGGAAACAAGGAGACGAAGAGGAGAAAUGGGCAGAGAAGGCGGUCGAUUCUUUAGUCAAGAAGUUGAAGAAGAGAAAAGGUGCAAUAGAAGAAUUGGAACGCGCCCUGAGCUGUCCAGGCACUCCUAGUAAAUGUGUAACGAUUCCAAGAAGUCUAGAUGGUAGAUUGCAAGUCUCACACCGCAAGGGCUUGCCGCAUGUAAUAUAUUGCAGAGUAUGGAGAUGGCCAGAUUUGCAAUCUCAUCACGAAUUAAAACCGUUGGAACUGUGUCAGUACCCGUUCUCUGCCAAGCAGAAAGAAGUUUGCAUCAAUCCUUAUCAUUAUAAAAGAGUGGAGAGCCCGGUACUACCGCCGGUGCUGGUUCCUAGGCACUCCGAAUAUGCCCCUGGACACUCGCUGUUACCGUUUCAACAACUGACAGAACCGACGAUGCCGCACAACGUAUCAUACUCCUCGAGUGGAUUCAAUGCUGGAUCCACUACCGGCGUGAAUCCAACGUCACCUAUGUCUUCUGUCGGAUCGGUCGGGUCUGUUCCCAGUCCAGGGAGCACGACGUCACCGAACCCUCAAAGUCCUUACGGUACAAACGGAUUACCAGAAACUCCGCCGCCAGCGUAUUCUCCACCCGAAGAUGGUUCACAACCUGGACAAUCGCCACCACCUGAUCCAGUGGCAAUGGACACGAGUGGAUCUAGUGAAGUAGCUCCAGUAUGUUAUCAAGAACCACCUUAUUGGGCCUCCAUUGCAUAUUACGAAUUAAAUUGCAGAGUGGGUGAAGUUUUCCAUUGCCAUUCUCACUCUGUAAUUGUGGACGGUUUUACAAAUCCAAGCAACAAUUCUGAUCGCUUUUGUCUCGGACAGCUGUCCAACGUGAACCGUAAUUCGACCAUCGAGAAUACGAGAAGACAUAUAGGCAAAGGAGUGCACUUAUAUUACGUAGGCGGCGAAGUUUACGCGGAAUGCCUCUCCGAUUCUGCUAUAUUCGUACAAUCUAGAAAUUGCAAUCAUCAUCACGGAUUUCAUCCUAGUACAGUUUGUAAAAUUCCACCGGGAUGUUCACUGAAGAUAUUUAAUAAUCAAGAGUUCGCCCAGUUACUUUCGCAAAGUGUUAAUCACGGUUUCGAAGCAGUUUAUGAACUGACGAAAAUGUGUACGAUAAGAAUGUCCUUUGUUAAGGGAUGGGGCGCCGAGUACCACAGGCAAGAUGUUACGUCUACCCCCUGUUGGAUAGAAGCACAUUUACAUGGACCCUUACAAUGGUUGGAUAAGGUGUUAACGCAAAUGGGCUCUCCCCAUAAUGCUAUAAGUUCUGUAUCAUAAUUCGCGGUUCGUGUUAAAUAGCGAGGAAAGAAAAUAGUGAAAUGUAGGAAAAACCUGAUGAUUUAAGAGCAGUUUUUAAGAUCAGUUUUUAUUAAAUAUAGUGCGAUAGUAAGUUAGGUAUCAUAAGAGAUUUAAGAAAGUAUAAUGAAAGUGGUAAGCGAAGAUAUCCCCCAAAUUAUGAGACUUUCCUCAUGCGGGCAAAAAAAAAAUAAUGAAAGUUGAUAAUAUAAUUAUGAACAUAAAGGAUUACACGAGUCAAUAAGUAUUGAAAGUGAUCCUUGAUAGAAAAGAAAUUUCGAAGAUCACAAUGUACACACAAAAAGUUGUACAAGUUUUUGGCUGUUAUAUAGGAGAGAAUUAUAGUAAAAAUAUAAUGUCU